AUGUCCCUGGAGUUUGAUACAACCUGGAUGUGGCACCCUGCCUUUUCGGAGGAGCAGGGUGGCACAGCCGGUUUGUUUGUUCACUUCCGACGGGAAUUUGAGAUUAAAGACGAGCCUCCCGAGAAGCUGAUGAUUCACAUCACUGCUGAUACACGCUACAAGCUGUACUUGAACGGUCAAUACGUUGCCUUUGGCCCAGUCAAGGGAGAUCGCCACCUUUGGUUCUACGACUCAAUCGACAUUGCACCGUUCCUACGUCAGGGUCAUAACAGGAUCGGAGUUCAUGUUCUCCGAUUCUUCCACAGCACAAGCUAUGCCCCGUCCUUUUCUCGACUGCCUUUGGCAGGGCUCAGAGUCUCUGUCUCGGAUGAGCUCUGGGCUAAACAGAUCGAAAGCAGCAUCUCAUGGCAAGCUGCGAUUGACCACUCCACUGUUCUGAGAGUCGACGAGCCGGAAGACCGAUUUUUACAUAUUUAUGAGCGCACAUCCCGUUCGGAAACACGCCCUCUUGAGUGGGUUGCUUCGAAAUUACUUGAGUUCAAGAACUCUACCGGGAACUCGCCUCCGUGGCAGCUGUCGCCUCGUCUGAUUCCUCCACUUCGAGUUCAAGAUAUGACGGGGUUGGGGAUACACAAUGUGCACAGUACUCUAAAGCCUGAGCUUUGGGGUGCUGCUUUGCUCAAGGACUCUCUGUCCCGGGAGGUUGACGACGGUCUCCUCCUCCCAGCCGAGACCAAGCAUUUUCUCGAUUUCGAAAUGCCUCAUCUUGUCACGGCAUUUCUAAGACUUCGAUUCAGACGUCCCAGGAUUGGUGGGGGCACUUUAACCGUCACGUACUCGGAGAGCUACGAGGAUGAGCCAGAGGAGACUCCAUGGGUCCGGCAAAAGGGUGAUCGUUGUGAUUACAGCAAGGCGCUGCUUGGCCCCAAGGACAUAUACGAGUUUCAGGGGGUGGCGCCGAGUGAAUCUCUCGGGUACUACGGCGAUGAAGAUACCUUUGAGGUCUUCAUGCCAUUUCAUUUCCGCACGUUUCGAUUUCUUCAUCUCGACUUCGAUGUCGGACCCUCUGACUUGAUUUUCCUCGGUUUAAGCGUCGAGUCCGUCAACUAUCCCCUCAAUGUUUGCGCAAGCUUUGCAGUAGCUGGUACAGAACCGGAGCAGAGUGAUACCUGGCAUCAGCUUUGGAAUACCAGCAUCCGUACGCUCUAUAACUGCAUGCAUGACUGCUACGAGGACUGCCCGUUUUAUGAGCAACUUCAAUACGCUAUGGAUACUCGCAGUUCGUCACUCUUCACGUACCUUGUCUCUGGAGACGACCGCCUCGCAAGACAAGCCAUCAUCCAACUUCACAACUCCUUCCAAGCACGCCUCGGGCUCACAGCAAGUCGUGCUCCCUCACAUAGGGAGCAGUUUAUACCCCAUUUCUCUCUAUACUGGGUCAAUCUCGUUACGGAUCACUGGACGUACUUUGGCGAUAAGGCAUUCGCGUCCCAGUUCCUACCCGUCAUCGAUGCUGUGCUACAGUAUUUCGAUAGCCAUGUCGAUAGCGAUGGUCUAGUUACUUCUGAACUCAGACCAGGUAUAUGGAACUUUGUGGACUGGGCCACGGAGUGGAGGCCUCAUGGCAUUCCUCCGGCUAUCAACAGGACAGGCAUCUCCACGUAUGCAAAUCAGCUAUAUGCAUAUACUCUUAGGAACGCAGCACAGCUGGUCAGUGCCCUAGGAAGGGCAGCUAUUGCAUCCGAGUAUCGGACCCGUGCGGGAAACAUCAUUUCAGCUCUGCAGGCACAUUGCUUUGAUGGCCAAUACUUCCCCGAUACCUUGGUAUCAGCAGCAACUUCUACGGACUACAGUCAACACUGUCAGGUCUGGGCCGUUCUCUGUGGUGCAGUGGCUGGGGAAAAUGCCGAGAGGCUACUACGGGGAAGCCUGGAGCGUACUAAGGCUGGCCAUUUUGUGCAAGAGUCUAUCUCGAUGUCCUUUUACACCAUGAGAGCCUUGAGUCUAGCUGGCGGGACUCUCUACAAUGAGAGCUUUGUUCAGUUCUGGGACCCUUGGCGUCAACAGCUGCGACAAAACGUCACAACUUGGGUUGAAGAUAGUGUAUCGCAGCGUUCAGACUGUCACGCCUGGGGCAGUGUCUCGAUAUAUGAAUUCAUGGUAGAAGUGAUGGGAAUCCGCCCAGCGGAGCCUGGUUGGGCCGCCAUCGAGUUUCGGCCGAGGUUAGGACUGUUCCGUAAUAUGAAUGCCAAAGUUCCUGUCAAAAUGCAGGAUGGCAAGGAAAUUGGUCUGGUGCAUGUGUCGUGGGCUACGGACAAGUCUGGGAAUGCCGAGGUACGGCUGAGGCUGGACUUUGAGGGGUCAGCCAAGGUACCUGUGCGCGCUUUUCUUCCUGGUAUGGAAAUGGCUUGCAUAGCAUCGGAGGAAGAGAUGCGUUUCAUUAUUCAGAAAGACUUGUUUGUACAAUAUUCUUGA